AUCAGGAGAGAGGCGGAGGAAGAGGCGCCGGGAGCCUCGCAGCAUCCCGUGCCCCGGCCCCGCGGCGCUGCUGCCGCUGGCCGUGCGGAGCGGGGUGCGGAGCAAGGUAAGGGCUGGCAGCGCACUCCAGGGACCUUGCCUGUCCAUCGAGGGCUGCUCUCCCCGGCUGUACGAGCGCUCGCUGGCCGGGGCAGGGCGGCCGCUGCCCCGCCGUGCCCCUCCGGGAAGUUACUUUGUUCGCAGAGUUGCCGCGGAGGCCGAGCUGGGACCCCCGGGCGCUCCGGCCGCUUGUCCCUCGCGUUCCCCCCACCGUGCUCAGUGUCACCAGCCAACACCGCGAAAGAAGCCCCCGAGAAAAAGCCGUGCGCGCCUUCCCCAGUAAUUUCCCUCGCAUAGCCGGGGCAAGGGGUGAUGGAAGAGGAAGAACUUCCCUUUGUCGUAGGAGAGGAUUGAGUGACCUCCAAAGUUUUGUUCCGGGAGGAAACCGCUCGAUAAGUUUGGUGUUUGGAAGGGGAGUGUGCUGGCUGGGCCGGGGGCUGUCAUGGUGCUGGCUUCCACAGCAGGAAGAUAGCAGAGAUGGUGGCCUGAGGGUGCCGGUCCCACGCGCAGACAUGGCUUUCGCCCAGUCCCACAUCAUGGCAGCCAGGAGGCACCAGCACAGCCGGCUCAUCAUCGAGGUGGAUGAGUACAGCUCUAACCCCACACAAGCUUUCACGUUCUACAACAUUAACCAGGGACGUUUCCAGCCCCCACAUGUGCAAAUGGUUGAUCCGGUGCCCCAUGACGCUCCGAAGCCUCCAGGAUAUACACGAUUUGUCUGUAUUUCUGAUACUCACUCAAGAACUGAUCCCAUCCAAAUGCCAUAUGGAGAUGUGUUAAUACAUGCUGGUGAUUUUACUGAGCUGGGACUUCCUAGUGAAGUAAAAAAAUUCAACGAGUGGCUAGGUAGCCUGCCCUAUGAAUACAAGAUCGUGAUAGCAGGAAAUCAUGAAUUGACCUUUGACCAGGAAUUCAUGGCUGACUUAAUCAAGCAGGACUUUUACUAUUUCCCCUCUGUUUCUAAGCUGAAGCCAGAGAGCUAUGAAAAUGUACAAUCUCUUCUAACAAACUGCAUCUAUCUUCAAGACUCUGAAGUGACGGUGAGGGGAUUCAGAAUAUAUGGCUCCCCUUGGCAACCUUGGUUUUAUGGCUGGGGCUUUAAUCUUCCACGAGGCCAAGCACUAUUAGAGAAAUGGAACCUUAUUCCAGAUGGAAUAGAUAUUCUUAUAACACAUGGACCACCUCUCGGUUUUCUGGACUGGGUUCCUAAGAAAAUGCAACGGGUAGGAUGUGUUGAGCUGCUGAACACAGUCCAGAGACGAAUACAGCCAAGGCUUCAUGUUUUUGGACAUAUCCAUGAAGGUUAUGGUGUCAUGGCUGAUGGAACCACCACCUAUGUGAAUGCAUCUGUGUGCACUGUGAAUUACCAGCCACUUAAUCCGCCUAUAGUUAUUGACUUACCUACUCCAAGGAACACAUGAUUAUAAUGAGGAUUUAAAGUUGUACCCAACACAUUAUCAACUUUAUAUUGCUGGCUGAGAAUCCCAAUAGGGAACCAUUCAACAAAAAAAGCAAAAUCCUUCUUUUUUUCCCUGCUAGCUCUUCACAGAUAAAUUUAGAGUAACAAAAGUGGACAAGAAACAAAGACAUUUUGGUGCCAGAAACAGAUUAAAGACUAACAUUUUACCAUUAAAAUGUUUGUGAACACAGAAAAGUGAAUUCAUUACACACACACACAUACACACACACAUAUAUAUAUACACACACAUAUAUAUAUAUGUGUGUGUGUGUGUAUAAUAUAUAUAUAUCUAGUAGGGGCUUUUGUACAUACCAUAUAUUGGACUUAUUAAAAGAAUGAUGUCUUUCAAAGGAGUGUUUCUUUAAGAAAGUUUGCAGUUUAAACGUGUUUAGACUAGGAUUUCCUCAUUUCAGAUGUUUUCCAGUGAGCUCUUGGUAAAAUAAAAAUUAUGGUAAAGAUGUUUUCCCUUAAUCAACAUGGAAAAUAUAAAAGAUGGUACACAAAUGACCAGUCAGAGGAGGAAAACUAUUUCUCCAAGUCCUCCGAGUCUAAGUCUUUGGAUCUAUUCAAAACCAAUGCAAAAGAGGCCCUAAUUCACUGUACUGAAAUGAAGUUUUACUACAUCUGGCAUUACAGAUGGCAAGGGAAAUGGUACAUAUUGCCAGCAUGCUGUAAACAGCUCAACAUUCAAGAAGGGAGACUGUGUUAAAUGCAGUAUAAACUCAGGAAUUUGUAACCUGGCCUCGCCUGUUUAAAAAAAGAAAAUAAGGAUGACAUUUCCCUUAAAAAAAAAAAAGAAAAAAGAAAAAAUAUAACUGUGUUUUCAUAUGGUAAGGUGAUAUGUGAUUGUAUUUAAGGAAAAAGAAAGAGGAAAAACCUGAAAAGGGCUCACCCAAUGAUUAGUAAUGGUAUUUUAAAUAAAACCCAACGAGACCAUUGGUUUAAAACCUGCUAAUGGGACAUGCAGCCAAUGAUGAGAUUACUGGUUUGAAUUUGGCCCUGGUCAGGAAUGGUUAAAUGUCAUUGUGAUCAUUUUGUCCUUGGGAAACAUAGAUGUCAAGGGGAAGGCAUCAACCCAAGGUGUAGUUCAGACACUCGCUUUUAGGUGGCUGUGAGCAAUGGGUACGCACCAAAGUGUGAAGAGCAGAAGUCACCGCAAGGGACCUGGGACUUGCCCACUCAUGGACACUGCUGAGAGAGGCUCAGCACAAAACCAGUAGAAACCCAUCUGUUGUAUUGCUUUUGGCACCAAGCAAAGCAGGGAACAUGUCAGAUGCGGGUUGAGAUGGUCCACAGCCAUGGUACUGCCUGUGCAGCUCUCCUGCAGUGUUAGCAGAGGUAUUGAAGCUGCUGGGAUUUCAGUCCUGUCCUAGGCAGAAGCUUAAGAAUUGAUUACAAAGCCACCAAAAAACCCAGGGCUUCAGACAUGUCCUGCAAGAAAUGGAUUUCUGCCUCGAACUGACAAACAUGUCCUUUUGACUUGAUGGAGAUAAUUUAACUGCUGUAUUCUAUAUGUGGACAUACUGAAUUGGGGGUGACAGCAUCUAGACAUUAAUCUUGCUCACACACCAUUGGGCAGACCAUAGCACUCCCAGCUCACGGUUGCAGGUCUGUGCACAGCCCACAUCUGCACUCAUGCAUUGGAGAAUUGUGUGUUACAUGGAUGUAAAUGUGACUUUUACAUAGCAGCUGCAUGUACAUUAUACACAUAAACAAUUUAAAAUACCUGUGUUGCAAAAACAGGCCAUGUGAGCUUCAGCUCUGAGCAAGGUGGGCACAAACUCUGCUUUUCCCUGGCUUCCCAUGUGCAGCAGCUCUUCCAGGUGCUGCCUGGAGCUGAGAUGUCCAAGCCCGGUAACUGACUCAUGCUGUGAACCCACAGGAAGCCACCAAACCCCCAGAAAACAUGACAAGUCACAGGUCUGUCAUUUCUUGUAAUCUGUUGGGUGACCAUGUAUCUAAAUUAAUGUGCUGCUUUUUUUCCUGAAAGUGAAACCCAAAACAAUUAGUGGCACCUGCAACUGGUUUUUGGGAGAGUGGUUCACAAAUGCAUGAGCAGUCUGCCAUUAAUUCAGAUGGGGCCACUUGUCAAAGCUACUGGUGUAGAAAUUUCAGGAUCAGCUCCUAAAUCAGUAAGAAUUGAAAUUCACAGUUGAAUAUGUACUCCUGUCAUCACUGGAAGAUGAACAAUAGCAUGUAGUUAGAAUAAAAGUGGCUUAGCUAGUCACAAUUCAAGCGGUUUGCAACAAAUGUGGCAGGAAAUUGGCUGCAUGUUAAAGUCUGAAAUGUUUACAUUUGCUCAUGGCACUUAAAGUGAAGGGAAGAGGUCCUUUUAUUAGCCUCAGCAAAAUUUCUAUGUCAACCAUAAAAUAUUCUCUUAAAAAUAAUUUUUCCUAAGGUAUCUUCCAAAUACUGUGUAUUUUUAUGUGGAAAGGAAAUGAAAGCAACUGUUACUUCAAAAUAUCAUUUAAAGUACUUGAGGUAUGAAAGCUUAAAGAUUAUUUAAUCAUUUUGGCAUAACUUGAGUGUUGUAAUUUUUGGUCAAGCAUGUUAGAUGAAUAAAGUCUUAAAAAAAAAAAAUGAACAAAUGAACAAAAAAAAACCACA